AUGAACAUUGUUUGUCCUAGUGAAGCGUCCGUUAACACGUGGCGAUCACGCCCUUUGUAUACGGAUUCGCUGUAUGAAAACCUGUGGCACGUGAACAAAGCGGGAUACGACAAAUGCGAAGUGAAUGACGGCGGUAAACUUCUCUUGGUGUGCAAUAAUCCAAGUUAUGUCAAAAAAUUGCAGUUAGGAUUUCAUCCGCGAUACUCAGCUAAAGAGCCAAGAUUUAUUCCGGGAAAACAUUACUACUUUAUAAGUACAAGCGUUGGUUAUCCUGAGGAUCUUCAAACCCGGAAGACUAGUGGGCCUGAUGGACAUUGUUUAACCAAUCACAUGAAACUUCACAUCUAUGUUUGCAACCCUAAAGUUGAGACAUGCAUCUGGGAGCCACCAAUAUGCGAACCACCAAAAGAGAUUCAAUACCGAAUGGAAAUGAUCAAUGGUGUACUACAAAGACCAAGACUGCCAAGCCCACCAACAACUGAGAGCACAUCAUCAAUAACUAAGUUGAAAAAUAACAAUUACUACGGGAGCAACAUCUGA